GUGGGAGUAUCCGUGCGAUGCUGAAUCAGUGCAGGAGCGGAGGAGCAGAGGAGGCUGAAAAUGGUGCAGCAUCAACAAGGGGAAAAGGCGCAUUGGUCGCGCCAACGGAAUUAUGCGGCUCUCCUUAAACUCUCACUUUGAGAUUUUACUCCGACGACAGAAGAACAGGUAAAUGGCAGGGUUUGGUAAAGUGCUGGCUAGCCGAUGCAGUGUGUAGGGCCCGUUGUCCAAGGCGACGAAAACAUGAACGGGGCGGGGGAGCAGGUUGAUAUCCUGCCCCCCAACUGCUUGGUGAAAGAGCGCUGGAAAGUGCUGAAGAAAAUUGGGGGUGGAGGGUUCGGGGAGAUAUAUGAGGCCUACGACCUGUUGUCACGGGAGAAUGUGGCUCUUAAAGUGGAAUCCGCCCAACAGCCCAAACAAGUGCUAAAGAUGGAGGUUGCUGUGCUAAAGAAACUACAAGGAAAGAAUCAUGUUUGCAAAUUUAUUGGAUGUGGAAGAAACGACAAGUUUAAUUACGUUGUCAUGCAGUUGCAGGGAAGGAAUCUCGCUGAUCUCAGGAGGAGUCAGCCUAGAGGGACGUUCAGUAUGAGCACGACUCUACGCUUGGGGAAACAGAUCCUGGAGUCCAUUGAAGCCAUUCACUCUGUGGGCUUCCUGCACAGAGACAUUAAACCUUCUAAUUUUGCCAUGGGACGAUUGCCGUCCACCUGUAGGAAGUGUUACAUGCUGGACUUUGGUUUGGCACGACAGUACACUAAUACAACUGGGGAGGUGCGGCCGCCCAGGACGGUGGCUGGGUUCAGAGGAACAGUACGCUACGCUUCGAUUAACGCUCAUAAAAACAAGGAAAUGGGUCGUCAUGAUGAUUUGUGGUCGUUGUUUUAUAUGCUGGUAGAGUUUACUGUUGGACAGUUACCAUGGCGAAAGAUAAAAGAUAAGGAGCAGGUGGGACAGAUUAAAGAGCGGUAUGAGCACAGGAUGCUGUUGAAACACAUGCCCGCUGAGUUUCAUGUCUUCUAUGACCAUGUGCUGGAUUUAGAAUACUACACCAAACCUGAUUAUGAGUUACUAAUGUCAGUAUUUGAGAACAGCAUGAAAGAGAGGGUGAUAACAGAAAAUGAGCCAUAUGACUGGGAAAAAUCUGGAACAGAUACGUCCCUCCCCACCAGCACACACACACCACCACAACAAAACACACGGCAAACUGCUGCCAUCGUGGGGAUGGUGAAUGUGACACCGGUACCUGGUGAAUUACCGAGGGAAAACACUGAUGAUGUUCUGCAAGAUGAACACCUGAGUGACCAAGAGAACGCCCCACCUGCUUUGAUACCCAGCAGGCCUAGCGAACCUGCUCCAGCCCCACCUGUUGGGGAAGGAUGGGAUGAAACGGACUUCAAUCGUAACAAACUCAGGAUCAGCAUCAGUAAGACGCAAGUAGCAUCAGAGGAUGGGGAGGAGCCUGCAGGAGGAGGGAGGUCAGUUUCCCCAGCAAGGGGUGGAGAAGCAGAUGCUCAGGCCCGCCCUCCAAGGUACCGGAGAGUAAACAGCCCAGAAUCAGACCGCCUGUCUGCUGCAGAGGAUAGAGGAGAUGGUGGAGAUAAACGCUCUCGUUUGGACAUGCUGGGUUCUCCAUCCAGGCAUGUCUAUUCUUCCCAGCCUGCUCAGAUGCUCUCUUUAGAUGCUGGACAGGGAGAAAGACUGGCUGGUGGCCGCCAUGAUGUCUCUGCAGACGGUGACCAGGAGGCCCACAGCAAUGCCUUUAUCCGCUCAGUCCCGCUGGCAGAAGAAGAGGACUUUGACAGCAGGGAGUGGGUGAUGAUUGAUAAAGAAACAGAGUUGAAAGACUUCCAUCCUGGGGCAGAGCCCACCACCUCAGGCACCACAGAUGAGGAACCAGAGGAAUUACGCCCCCUUGAGGACCAUGAGGAGAGAAGAAGGAGAGGAGGAGUGCACGGGAUGGGUGGAGCUGAGGCUGUGGUACGACCCAAAACUCAACGUGGGAUGAUGAUUGUAGCAGAGGAGGAGGGGGCGGGACCGAGCCCCAUCCAUUCACCUUGUCACACGUUGCCUCAUACCUGCCCAAGAAGGAGGGAGUCGGAGCCGUUUGGACCUGAUGGACCGUUGGAGGAGGACAGGCCACACCCACAUCACUCAUUCCCGAGGCCCGCCCAUUUGAGAAGACUGGCGUCGUACGUGUUUUCCUCCGCUACCAUGGACACGGAGCACUUCCCCCACGACCCCGCCCUCGGGGCAGCGGCCAUUCAGCGCAGCCGCUCAGCUGAAAGCAGCCCCGCCCACCGUCACGCCCAUCGCAGACACAUGCCCCUGUUGCCAGGGAACCCCAGAGCCCGGCAUUCUGUACUAAACCUACCACGCCUACAUAUUCAGCAAAUGCUGGCCAAACUUAUGAACAAGACAUGAUUCCCCCACCAUCAACGUACACAGACGCACACGUGUGGUGCCGUUUUAAUAGAAGAGGAGCAUGGUGCCCACUUUUGUGCCCAUAGUUAAAAAAAAAAAAAAUCACUACAGAAGCUUGGGCAAUAAACUUGGUCUGUGAUUAUGAGAUUUGAGUGUGUGUGAGAGAGAGUGUGUGUAUAAGCGAGAUAUGAGACGCUCUCUAGCUACACUGAAAUGUUUUUGUUGGAUAUUUUAAAUUAAAAGGAUAGUUCACCCUAAAAUUACAAUUCUGUUAUCAUUUACUCACCCUCACGUUGUUCCAACCCCUAUGACUGUUGUGGAACUCAAAAGAAGAUAUUUUGAAAAAUGUCCAAAAGUCAGUGAGGUUUUGGACCACAUUGUCUUUCACUGCAUGGACAAAAACAGUUAUGAACAAUUGUUCAUAUCUUCUUUUAUGUUCCACAGAAGAAAGUCAAACAGGUUUGGAAUGACAUGAUGACAGAAUUGUCUUGGGACAAUUGGAGAAAAAGAAAUUAUAUUAUAUUCUCCAAAACAAAGCAAGUCUGUACAAUGCUAUAAGAUGUAUUUACUCAUAGAGACACUGUACACUAAAUAUUUUGUAAAAAAAAAAAAAAAAAAAAAAAAAGAAGAAGAAAAAAAAGUAAAGAAAACCAAAAAAACAAACUAACACAAAGACAAAAACACAUUUUUACCUCUUUGGAGGAUGUUUCUUGCAGAGCUGCUGUUGUCUGGUGGAACGGGCACAUUGACUAAAGUGACGAGAAUAUCUUUUUUUUUAUUGCUUUGUUCUCAUGAACACCUUCAUAUUCUGUGUAAGAGGACAGAUGUGAUGCAGGCUGCAUAGUGUUGUGUUUUCAAGGUUGAAUGUCGGCCAAAAGCAGAUACUUAAAAAAGGGUGUGUUCACCUGCUGUGUGUUUGUAGAGGACACUAGAAGGACAGUGAGUGCUUGCUAAGCUAUUUUUGCACAGUCUAUUCACAUCAAUUUGAUCUCAGCACAUAUAGAACCUGUCAAAUGCCACAACAUGCACCUCCAGGCGAGAUGAAUGGCUUUCUUAAGCAAGCAUGACAGAAUGUGAAGAGAUGGAUCUCUUUAUAUAGAUUCUUUUUGGUGUAGCCGAGAGAAAGCGUGACAUUAAUCAUAUACAGCAUGUACAGGAUUCAAAGGGGUUUGGACCUACAAAAUAAUCCAGUUGCUUGGAUCCUCUGGCAUUUCAUGCUGAGUGUUUUCAAUUUAUAGAGAAAAUGAGUGAAGAAAGACAGAGAAAGAGUUGUCCAAUGUGUGAGUAAUAGGCCUGAAUUAAAUGCUCUGCAUGAAUAAAAGUAUGUGGACACACAUUUCUAUUUAAUGAAUUUGGCUGUUUCAGCUACAUCCUUUUCUGACAAGGCUGCAUUUAAGUCCACUUUUUUAUGUCAUUGCUUACGUUGCAUGAGUGUCCAUUACUGGCUGGACCCUUGUAAUGUGUUUAAAUGAAAUGCCCUAAGCCCUUAAUCAAUCAUAUCACAUAUUGUAUCCGUUAGUGUUGUUGUUUUUCUUCUUCUUCCUUCUCCUCCUCCUCCUACGCACUUAGGUCUAUGGCAACCCAUAGAACCAUAAGGUAAAAAGUUAUGAUAUUUGGCACACAGAUGGAGGACAAUCUGAACAUUAACCACACCAAUUUUAGAGUCUCUAACUCAAUCUCUCUAGCGCCACCAACUGUCAAAAUUUGCACUCACAUUUAUGCUAAUAACUUUUGAAUUGUAAGGGCUAGAGACAAAAUUAUUCUUUCUUCUGAUUCCUUAGCUCAAGAUGAUUCUUGUAAUUACAAGCAUAACUUGCAGUGUUUUGCCACUGUGCCACCUAGUGGUCAGGAGGUAUGAAAAAUAGAUAUUUUUGCUUAUAACGUAUGACCAUUUUGACCAAAAAUCUUGGUAUGUGUCAUCGGCACCAUUCCCUGGAGGUACUCAAAGAGUUUUGAGACAGUACCUUGUGGUCAAAAAGUAUAAUGGAAUUUCAAAAAAUGCUAAUAGCUUUUGAUUAAUUUAAUGUCAGAAGACGAAACCGUUUUCAUAUACCGCAUCAAUAAAUUUGACAUCAAACUUUAUGUGUGUAAUUGUCACUCAACACUGACCACACCUGAUCAAAUUGGUGUCAGCGCCACCUAUUGGUCAAAAGUAAUAAUCAAUUAUGUCACAAUACAAGUGAUUGUAUUUAUGGGCUUUGAACGAUUUUGUUUAAAAUCGUCUCUAAAUGUUUUUACUCAUUUUUGCAGUUGGUUUGAUGCCCCCUUUCUUCUCAUUUUCCUCUGAGGUGCUUGGCCCCCUAAUUGCUGCUUGCAGCUAUAUUUUACUUUUUUCUGUUAUAAACUUGUUUUACGCACCAUUUUAUAGGCCUGUAUGUAAGCUUGGGCUGUUGUACACUUCCCUCGCUCACUUGAUAAAGUUUCAAAAUGGUGGCAGGGUCUCCCAGAGAGGAAGUUCUCUAGUGUUUGUCUAAAAGUUGAGUUAAAUGCAGCCCAGGUUUAUAAAAUCAAGCAUACAGCCAUAUAAACUCCUCCCAAACAUUUUUAGGUGAAUGGUCAUGGUUUAAAAAAUGAUAUGCUUAACAAAUGAAUGUGGGUUUGGUGUGUGUUUACAUGCUUUUGGUCAUGUAGAUUAAUUCUGAUAUCACAUUUGUCUUCCAUAUUAGCUAAAAAAGAUAUUUAAAGAUAAUUAUUUCAUGUCAGUAUUACAGAAACAUAUGCAUAUUGCUUUCAGAGUGAUAUUAGGUUCUAUGUGAACUUAAGCAGUGCUUAUCUGAGGGCAAGAAAGACAACAUCCUCUAUGUUAAGACAUUUGACUAAUAGUUAGUGAGUUGAGAAAUUAAUAAAGUUCUGGAAUAGAGAUAUAGUAAAUAUAUUAUUAUAUAUCAAAGUGCAAUAGAGCUCAAGGCAAUAGGAUCGUAAAAGAAAGACUGAGCCUCUUUCUUUGGUUUUGUCACACAUGCAUUAGCAGUUUGAUGCACAUAUGCAGAUAUUUGAACUUGACUAUAAUUUAUCAUUCAGCAAAUGAAUGUUGCCAUUUUUGUUCCUGGCCAUAGACUUGACAUUCUACAUUACUGUUUAUGUUUAAAAUAAUAGUCACAUUAAUCAAUGCAUAAAUAAGCUUUUGAAUGCAGAAGUGCAGUGUAGGUGUCAUAGAAAUUAGAUCACACAUUGUGUUGUAAUCAGGCGCGAUGCAAUAAACUGACACUUUUUACACACACACACACACACACACAUAUAUAUAUAUAUAUAUAUAUAUAUAUAUAUAUACACACACACACACACACACACACACACACAUACUAUUACUAAUGUUUUGAAUUAGCUCUUAUUUUAAAAUUUUCUGUUUUUAUUUUAAUUUUUGUUUAAGUUUUAGUAACUUUAUGUAUUUUUUUAUUCAUUUUUUUGUUUUUUAAAGUAUUUCUAUUGAACUUUAUUUUUUAUUUCCAUUUUAGUUUUUUAUUACUUCAACUUAAACAUUUAUUUCAAUUAGUUAUCAUUAUUUCAGUAACAUUUCUAAUUUGAAUAGUUUUAAUUUUAGUUAACAUUAAAACACUGGCUCUGAUUGGCUGAUUGUGUCACAUUUUCACAGACAGACACAUUGGUUGUGCCUGGUUAGGACACAGUGUUAGAUACUUCCUAUGAAAAAUAAAGUAGCAUUAACACAUUAUUGAAAUCAUUGCUUUAUCUGUAUUGUAAAGUCCUCCAGCCUCAGUUCAGUUGAGAUAUAUACAUAUCUGUUGGGAGGAACUCAAAAGAUUGAUUGUUUGUCAGUGUAAUAAUGUUUCACUUGAAAUUCAUGCUGUAGAAAUGCUAUAUGACUCAAUGCUGGAUAUCAAUGCAUAUGCGAACCAUCUUCUUCUUUUGCCUUGCUGGGCCAACUGCAACAAACACUGAGUGGUGAAAAAACACAUGAAUGACGCUAACAUUCAUUAUUUAUGUAAUAUUGGAACUCAGUGUUCAUAGCAGUUGGCUCCCAUCUGUGCUGCUUUGCUUUGGGUGUUUUAAUGCAGUUUACCCCAACCGCUGUAUAUCUGGAAUCACCAAUGUACUGUAAUGUGUAUGUUCAGAAGAGUUUGUAGUCUGAAUUGUGUGAGACAGCUGAUCCAAAUGUCUUCCUAACGGAAAAGAUGAGCACAGACUGAAUGACUGUACAUAUGUACACAAAAGCCUCAGCUGUAAAUGAACUGGGUUUUAAUUUGUUAUGCUGGAAAAUAGUUAGCGAAUGGAUUUCUGCAUCCCAAAGAUUGUUAAUUGAUGAGGGCAUGCCACAUACACUACAGUUUAAACGUUUGGGGUUGGUGAUAUUUUCAAAUGUUUUUGAAAGAAGUCUCUUAUGCUCAACAAAGUCUGCAUUUAUUUGAUCAAAAAUACAGUAAAAACAGUAAUAUUGUGAAAUUAUUAACUGUUUUAUUAUUAUAUUGUAAAAUGUAAUUUAUUCAUAUGAUGACAUUACCCAGUGUCACAUGAUCCAUCAGAAAUCAUUCUAAUAUGCUGAUUUGGUGCUCAAGAAACAUUUCUUAUUAUUAUCAAUGUUGAAAAGAGUUGUGCUGCCUAAUAUUUUCGUGGAAACCGUAAUACAUUUUUUCAGGAAUUUUUGAAGAAGAAAAAGUUCAAAAGAACAGCAUUUAUUUAAAAUUGAAAUAUUUUGUAACAUUAUAAAUGUCUUUACUGUCACUUUUGAUCAAUUUAAUGCAUCAUUUCUGAAUAAAAAUAUUAACUGACCACACUGACCCCAAACUUUUGAAAGGCAGUGUUAAUACACAUUUUAUCAGAUUUAAUCUUGACAAGACAAAUAUCUUUUUAUUGGUAUUUAAAUUCUGUAAAUUUCUGAUGAAGAAAAUAAUUGCCCAGAAAAUGUAGUGUUUCCACACUGAUAAAAAUUUAAAGAGUACCAUUUUUCACAAUGUGAGAUAACAUAUAGUUUGAGGAAGGUUAGAGGAAGUUUGACAAAUUUCUUCUCUGCUUUACUGAGAGACUGUAAAUAAUUACUUCUGAAUCUUAGUGGUGUUACAUGUCGUACCAUGUUUUAUGCUAAAUUCAUUAUUCACUCAAGCCAAAUGUCUUUUCAUUGCAGUCCUGCUUCAUGCCAUUCAACAUUCAUAACCUCUCACAUUCUCUGUCUCUAACUGGGUCAAAAUUUGAGCUUGUCAGAACUCCGCAGAGACAGCCCUUGAGCUCUGAGCAGUGUACAACAGCGUUUAGCAACAUCUAUUUGUAUAGAAAAAAACGUUAAAAUGUAUUCUUUUAUCUUUUAUCUAUUUAAUAACAUAUUGAGAAAAGUCUAAAACCAUGUAGAUAGCUUCUCACAGAUCAGUAUUGUUAUGAAUCAAUUUUAAGGAAUUUUCAGAGUCAAAAUUUUUAUCAUACGCUGGACUUUUUAUUGCUGAUAAAUGUUAGUCAUCAUCAGCUAAUCCCAGACCUGCUCAUAGAAGCGUUACAUGUGUGAAUCAGGGUCAAACUUCAACAGCAAGAGAAAUAGCUAGUGCAAUAAAUGCAAUAGGGACUGUAUAGUAGACUUGUAAUAUGUACAAGCAUGUAUUUUAGGCUUUUGUAAAAUCGUAACUCUUUGGACAGCUGAACAUGCUGCUGUACUAACACAUUCCUCUGUUUCAUUCGCUCUGUGUGUGUCCAUUGCUGUACAUACUGUUGGCUGAGCACUGUCUUUGAGUCUACACUUGAAAUCACAAAUGGGCUAAAUCAUUUAAAAAAAACAAUUACACUGUAAAAUGGACUUUUGUGCCUUUUUAACCAUGUAUGUUAUUCAAAAAAGACAAUCCUGCAAAGCUUGUAUACAACCAAAUCACUAGUAAAUAAUCUGAAAAAUGA